AUAUUUUUGUUAUAAGUGUUAUGUUUAUUUUAUUUUAUUCAACCAAUAUCUAUGAAGAAAUAACUAAUAACUAAUAAGCAAUACUGAAAUAGCCAUUAAUUUCAACAGUAGUUACUUAGGUAAAAUAGAUAUUGGGUAGUUUAUUAGGAAGUGUGUUUUAGAAGACAUCAAAAUGAAUAUAUUACCAAAAAAGAGGUGGCAUGUACGAACCAAAGAAAACAUUGCACGUGUUCGGCGCGAUGAAGCACAAGCAGCUGAAGAAGAGAAGAAACUUAAGAUGAGGAUACAGCUAGCCGAGCAAGAAACAAAACUUUCAUUACUGAGAAAUAAGUCAAAACAAAGAUAUGAUGACUCUGCAGAUCGACCCGAAGAAACUAAAUCAGAAGUGCUAACUCAUGUUAAUUUUUUUCAAGAUCUUGAAGAUGGGCAUGUUGCUCAUACAGGUGUUAACAAAGAUCACGAACAAGAAAAAAAAGAAGAAAAAGAAGCAUAUGAAAAAAAAGUUGGUUAUCUUACUUAUUUAGGACAGGACACAGAUGAAGCUACUGGUAAUGUACAAUGGUAUAAUAAGAAACCUAAACGACUAGACUUGUGUAAAACUGAUAAGGAAAUUGAAACAAAAGUUAAAACAUUUAAUGAUCCACUUAUUGUCAUGAAGAAAUAUGUCGAAACUGACCAUAAAAGUAGUAAACAUUCAAAAACAUUGAUAAAAAAACAUGAUGAAUCACCUUUAAAAAAACACAAGAAAAAAAAAAAGAAAAAGGAAAAGGAAAAAGUUAAUGACAAACAUGAAAAAAAAUUAACUUUGGAAAAACUUCGAGAACAAAGAUUAAAGAGAGAAAGGGAAGAGAGGUUUAGAGCUAGUCAAUUAUUAGCAAGAAUGAAUGGAACCAUACCUGUUGAAGUUUCAAAACCACAACCAAAACCCACUAUUGUUCAAAAGUAUAAUUCUCAGUUUAAUCCAUUCUUAGCUAAGCAAAAUUAUCCUACAACUAGUUUGAAAUAAUAAGCAUACAAUUUCAAAAAAUGUGUAAUGUGUUUCAUAAAUUUAUUGAAUAUUUUAUUGUU